ACCAAGGUUGAGGACCGAGUAGCCUUGUAGCAUGGCGUUGUCGUGAUGAGUUUACUACCCGUGUCUCUAUUGUCUCUAUUGCUCCUAAGAUCUGCGCCAUCUCUCGGUCGUACACUGACGUUUAAAGAUGACGGUUGCAAGGGAACAUACAAACCUUCACCACAAGAGAGUUUUAUGGUCAAUCACACGGGUGCCCCUCUGCACACCUUUUGUCGGGAUAUGUCAUUCAGUGGCUGGGAUUAUGAUCACCCCGUCGAAGUAUGUGUAAAAGUAACGGACUAUAAAAUUGACUGCUCCCAGAAGCUUGAAUACAGAAAGGGCACUAACUGGGGCAAACCAACUAAGAGUUGUGACUGCAAUGACGAUGUAGAGACUAUUCCAAUAUUUUGCACGUUUGAGCUUUUAUAUAUUCGGAUACAGGGUGACGAGCAGAGCGAGAAUACACGAGUACUUUACACAGUGUACAGCGGGAAAGAAAGGCCCCAGAACAGCGAUCCCAAAUCGUCCUUAAUUGUCGUCUUUCUCGGUACCACACUACUGACAGCAUUGUUUUUUACUUCCUGUAUAUUCGGGUAUUACAUGCGCCAUUGGAGAGCACCACAGCAUCGGAACCAUGAAGAAGUGGCUACGUAUAACCCCAGCCAACAACCACAGAUCAAUAUUAAUCAUUGCUACCACCCAGUUCCAAAUCAGGACGUGUCUCCAAAUCAGAACCCUGGCCACGGACAGCCCUCCACUUCCUCUCUACAAGGGUACAGCGUGCCAGCACAGGGGCCUUAACAGUGGAGCAGUCAGUUGUUAUGUUGUAAAUUUUGAAUUUCCUUGGUGGGUGUAAAUACAAAAUUUACAACAUGACAAUUUGUAAAUUUUGAAUUUACUGGGUGGGUGUAAAUACAAAAUUUACAACAUGACAAUUGUCAUGUUGUAAAUUUUGUAUUUACACCCACCCAGUAAAUUCAAAAUUUACAACAUGACACAGUUUCCAAAUUACCCCGCCCCUAACGCACCUGUUGCGUACUCGGGGUCGGACAACAAACACCAACAAGCGUCCAUUUGACAUCGAGUGAUUCAUCAUCGUACGACGAGGCCCCAAAGGAAAAGUGUAGCAUAGACACAGACCUUUAGUUCUGCUUAGCAAUAUCAGAGUGAUAAUAUCAUAAAACAGAAGUGCCGAGAGGCAUUGUGCACAAAAUAUGCGACGACAAGCUGCAAGUGGAUCUUUCUGACUUUGUAGCUGCUUUUCCACGGUUGAUCGUUAAAAAGUACAGUAAAGUACAUUUGUGCCAUAAAAGUUAUGAAAGUAUUUGUAUUGUAAACGACUUCAAAUUAUGUGUAAACGGUUAUUUGCUGUAACUCGUUUUUCAGAUAGUAUGGGAACUUUGUACUGUGUACUCUGUGAUAUUUUUUUAUACUCUUUUUGUUUGUGUUUUUUUUAUGUACAUGUAUAUAUGUAUUUUAUUUUAUUUAUCUUAUCUAUAGACAAUUAAGCAAUAACUUUUGUAAAAUUAAGCUGUGUAGUUCAAUCAGUAUCGUUUUCUUCAUUUCUAUACAACAUUUUCCUUUCGAAAAUUCCCAUUUGCAUCCAACACCUUUCCAAAGUGCGUUGUCACACACCUUUUUAAAUGUGUAAUUAAAGAAAUGACAUGUACGUAGUCUGCACUAGUAUGGAUGGUGAUAUUAACAGCAACAAACAUUUGGUGAAAAAGAGAAAAAAAUGAGGACAAAAUGAUACAAUCAAGAACAUUGCAAUGUUUUUAUCUCUAUAGGAAACACGCAAACUGGCUGGACAUACGACUGAGCUUGUGUCUUUUCUUAGCCCACCUGAACCGAAUGUUUAAGUGAGCUCUCUGAUCACCUGUUGUCCGUCGUCCGUUCGUAUGUAAACUUUUCACAUUUUUGACUACUUCUCUAGAAAAACUGGGCCAAAUUUAAUUAAACUUGGCAAAAAGCAUCCUUAUGGGAAGGGGAUUAUUUCUUGUUAAAAUAAAAUGCAAAGUUCUUUUUAAAAGAGAGAUAAUUGCGAAACGGUGAACAUAGGAUGUGUGUUUUAAAAAUAUUUUUCUCUAGAAUCACUGCACCAGAAAUGCAAAUAUUUACACCAAAGCUUUUAUAUAUCAUAAUAAAGAUUCUAAAAAUUGUAUUAGUAUUAGUCAGGAGGUCACAAUUUAAACAAUAUGGAAUUAACAUUAUUUGACGAUACUUGCAAAGUAAUUUCACAGAUUGUAGCAUUGUAGUUCUGGAGAAGAAUUUUAAAUAUUUUUCUCUAUAUAUUUUUAUGUAAGACUUUUAAUCUCUCUUGGGGCCCCAAUAUAUAAAUGAGGGUAUCGAUUUUAACAAUUCAGAAUAUAGGGGAAAGGUUUUAAAAAUAAUGAUAAUUUACCUACGAGGGUUGUUCGGAAAUUAUUGAGACAUUUCCUCUUAUUCUUUUAGUAAAAAAGAGAAACCAUUGAAAUUUCACCAAAACGUAAAUCACGAUAGAGACUAUCAAUGUGAAAAGUUUCUUGUUAAUGGCAUGAAUAGAUCAUUCCUGGUAAGCUGACCAACCUACCUUUGUCCAAUGACCCGGCGCAACCGCAAACUUUUCGCAACGUCAUUUUAACGCUUCUUAUUGCUCCUGUGUUUUAAACACCUUACAAACCAACGGAAAUGAGAACUAUUCUUUAUUUAUCAUCUUUUGUUUUCAUUUCAAGAUGUCAUCAUUUACAUUUUCUGUCAUUCUUGUUAUUUUCAGGGUGAAAAUCGAGUUAUUUUUCCCGAAAGUCUAAUUACUGCGAAUGUCUCCUGCAGUUAUUUUUUAUAUAUGUUAGAACUGUUGACAACAGUUAGUGUGUCAAAGUACUUGAUAAUUAAUCCCUUUGGCCUAAUUCUAGUUAAACAAUCAGUGAAAAAAAUAUGAUGAACUGAAGCUCUAUACCUUGUCUUGUCGUCGUAUAGUUUUUUUGAAGCAAUUGCUUGGCCUUAAAAGGUCUUCUUCUGAGAUUUCCACCAGUUUGACAGUUUUUAAUGCGCCGCCUUGACGUCAAAAUUCAAUGUAAAGUCGUUGUCAGAUUUCUAUUGUUUGGUAAAUAUAUGUGUACUGUCACAAUCAAUAGAUUUAUUCAUUCUUACUAUUUUCCUAUAGGGUACCUCUGAUUUUUAUUCUAUAUUCAUAUCCUUUUUGGUGCCUCAAUUUUAUCAAUUCAGGUAUUGGUCAAUAUUGGACUAUACUCGGACUGUUCUAUUUGUUUACUAUGAUGCUAUAAAUACCCAUGUUUUGGUCAGUGAGCCGGGGUCCAUUAGCACGCACUGCAGUAGUAACACGAUGUAUAGCUAAGUGUAUUUUUUACGGUAACCAUCUCCAUUAGGGGUUCCAGCAAGGCUCCAGCAAUGUCCCAGUGAUGAUUCGGCCAUAGUCACCAGUGUUCCGGUAUUGAACAUCUUACCACCCGUGUAACCUCCUUCGAGUAUUCACUUACUACGCUGGAAGCCGGUGGACGGAAGCCGUCAUCUUAGGACGUGGUACCGAAGGAGGACACAUUGGAGGAACACUGGAGGGACACUGCUGUCCAAUAUACCACCAUAGGACAUUGACGAAUCAGAUAUUAGAAACAUUUUUUUUUGUUAAUAUUUUGUGUGUGUGUGAAUGUGUAUAUUUGUAAAUUUAUUGAUUUUAUAUAUAGAUAAAGAUUGUAAAUACC